UCGAAUCGAGCGUUCGAUCCCCUUUUGCGAGAUAUUGUAUAAAUUGCGAAGUAAAACCAUUGUUGGUAUCAUUCUACUCAUAACCCAACAGACAUACGUUACAAUUCUCUUAAAACCCAAAAUGAAGUUCUUCAUCGCAUUACUGGCCCUGGCUGUGGUGGCUGCUGAAGCAGGUUACGCACCGGCUGUUGUCCCCGUCAGCACCUCAGUCUGGCCAUCAUACGGAGUGUACGGAAAGGGAUCCCUCGCUGCGUGGCCAUACGCCUACAAUGGAUGGAACAAUGGCUGGAACAACGGAUGGAACUCCUGGAAUAACGGAUGGAAUUCCUGGAACAAUGGAUUGAACAGCUGGAACGAUGGAUUCCAUGGCGCGUACGGUUACCCAAAUGCUGGUGCCUGGUCUAAUGCGUAUCUUGGUCACAACACCGUAGUGCAGGCCAACCUGGGAAAGGCGCUCCCAUAUGGUCUGCCCUGGGGAACCUACGGUGCAGGAGUUAAUGGCUGGACUGGUCUGCACGGUGGCUAUUUGACUAGUGCUGUUCCAGUGUCUAAACAGGUAGCUGCCACUCCCGGAUCAGUUCAUGUUGCAGCCGUUCCCGUUGGAGGAGAAAAACUGGUUGUUGCUUGAAUAUGAGAUGAACCGUUUGUUUGAGAAACUGCAUAUGUGGCAUUUUUGGCCGAAAUGAGAUUUUAUCCAUUAAUACGUAUGUAUUCCAACAAAAAAUACGAAAAAAAAACAAAUUCUGUUCACCUGACAUCCACACCUGAGCAUCCACACUAUGCUCGAAGGUGGUCAGGGCUGGGCUC